AUGUCACUGCUGUUGCCCCUUUCUCCCCCUCUACCCCCCCAGUUCUUCGGGCACUGGUACUGCAUACAGAGGGGCGAGUACCACCUGUUCGGCCACGUGUGGGAGCAGUACCGGCUCAAUCAGGUGGCACGUUGGCCGCAGUGGGUAAUCAUGUCACUGCUGUUGCCCCUUUCUCCCCCUCUACCCCCCCCAGUUCUUCUAGCAGUGGUACGGCAUACAGAGUGGCGAGUACCACCUGUUCGGCCACGUGUGGGAGCAGGACCGGCUCAAUCAGGUGGCACGUUGGCCGGAGUGGGUAAUCAUGUCACUGCUGUUGCCCCUUUCUCCCCCUCUACCGCCCCAGUUCUUCUAGCAGUGGUACGGCAUACAGAGGGGCGAGUCCCACCUGUUCGGCCACGUGUGGGAGCAGGACCGGCUCAAUCAGUUGGCACGUUGGCCGCAGUGGGUAAUCAUGCCACUGCUGUUGCCCCUUUCUCCCCCUCUACCGCCCCAGUUCUUCUAGCAGUGGUACGGCAUACAGAGGGGCGAGUGCCACCCGUUCGGCCACGUGUGGGAGCAGGACCGGCUCAAUCAGGUGGCACGUUGGCCGCAGUGGGUAAUCAUUUCACUGCUGUUGCCCCUUUCUCCCCCUCUACCGCCCCAGUUCUUCUAGCAGUGGUACGGCAUACAGAGGGGCGAGUGCCACCCGUUCGGCCACGUGUGGGAGCAGGACCGGCUCAAUCAGGUGGCACGUUGGCCGCAGUGGGUAAUCAUUUCACUGCUGUUGCCCCUUUCUCCCCCUCUACCGCCCCAGUUCUUCUAGCAGUGGUACGGCAUACAGAGGGGCGAGUGCCACCCGUUCGGCCACGUGUGGGAGCAGGACCGGCUCAAUCAGGUGGCACGUUGGCCGCAGUGGGUAAUCAUUUCACUGCUGUUGCCCCUUUCUCCCCCUCUACCGCCCCAGUUCUUCUAGCAGUGGUACGGCAUACAGAGGGGCGAGUGCCACCCGUUCGGCCACGUGUGGGAGCAGGACCGGCUCAAUCAGGUGGCACGUUGGCCGCAGUGGGUAAUCAUUUCACUGCUGUUGCCCCUUUCUCCCCCUCUACCGCCCCAGUUCUUCUAGCAGUGGUACGGCAUACAGAGGGGCGAGUCCCACCUGUUCCCACCAGUUCUACUGCCCUUACUACCGCAAGCGCAGUAAGGGCAGUAAGGACGCAGAAGGCACGCCACCGCGUAGUGGUUGAGGUGCUGGAGGUGGAGGAGAUGUGUGCUGGCUUAGCACUUUGA